CCGGAAGCGGCGCCAGAGGGGAGGGGGAAGGCGGCGGAACCGGCGGGGCGGCCGCAGCCAUGAACAUCCGAAAUGCGCGGCCUGAGGACCUGAUGAACAUGCAACACUGCAACCUGCUCUGCCUGCCCGAGAAUUACCAGAUGAAAUAUUAUUUUUACCACGGUCUCUCCUGGCCUCAGCUCUCCUACAUCGCCGAAGAUGAGAACGGGAAGAUCGUGGGUUACGUCCUGGCUAAGAUGGAGGAGGACCCUGAUGACGUCCCUCACGGGCACAUCACAUCCUUGGCAGUGAAGAGAUCCCACCGGCGCUUGGGGUUGGCGCAGAAGCUGAUGGACCAGGCGUCCCGUGCCAUGAUCGAAAACUUCAACGCCAAGUACGUCUCCCUCCAUGUCCGCAAGAGGUGA